AUGAGCUGUUGGUUGGCAUGCCUCUGCAUUAUACCAGUGGGUACUAUCAUGUCGAUUCAAUUAAUCUGUGUCGAGAACGACCCGCCGGUCGAGAAUACUUCGGCUUACCACCAACUUGAGCAGCUAUUUAGCGAACGAAUGGAUGAAAAGGUGCACCCAUGCGAUAACUUCUAUCAGUAUGCAUGUGGCAAAUUUAAUACAAACGCAGGAAUGGACGACGACAUCAGUGUGAAACUUACCGAAAAAAUACGGAUGACUGUCACAGGACUGUUGAUAGACGCAAGAAGAAUACCUUCUAAAACGUUUGAACUGGCACAGCAUUACUAUAGAAGCUGUCUGCAAAGCCAUCAAGCUCUGGAACGGCUUGGAGGACACAGCCAAUUCGUGAUUGAAAAAAUUCGAAACUUUGGCUAUUUCCCGCUAGUUGAUGACACGUUUUCGUAUGGCGAUCAAGGCUAUAAAGACUAUGUAAUUGAUCUAACUGAUGUUGCGAUAUAUUUCAAUAAAAAUCGAACAACUACUACUUGGCUGUUACCACAAUUUUUGAUGCGCCGGAACGACACGGCUAUCUUACAGUUUUUUGUGGAUCAGUAUAGCAUCUUCCAAUUGUCCGAAGGCACCGUUCCAGACACUGCUUAUCCUUUACAAACGGCGAUCGCCUUGUGCAUAGAGACAUAUUCGAAAUGCUAUAUGCAGAAGAUUUUGAAGGAUUUAGCAAGCAUGAAUAUCUUGCUCAAAAAUAUCGUCGCAGCCUUCUACUUCAAAACAACGGAACCAACAACGCUUGGCAACUUAAACAGGAGCUACUCGUCUAUUGACAUGUUCAAACUUUUGUCAGAAAUAAGCUCCUCAGAAGUUCGUCAUAUUUUUCAAGACGGUCUCAGGAUCAACGCCCCUUCUCUUCAAAGAAUAGCACGACUCGACGCUUCAUUACAAAGGGACCCUAAAGCUGGGGCAAACAUCAUUAUAAUCCAGUUUGUUUGCAAGUCUCUUGGAGAACUGGAUGCGCGUUUCCGAGUAUUGUCAAGUAGGAAGCCUGUAAAGAAGCACAGCUUGAGAUCUGCUGGAGUUUCUGUUAGUGAUAAGAAGGCAUUGGAGGAGGCAUGGUGCUUUAUAAAAACACAAGAAAAGUUUGGGCAAGCUUUGCUUGCUAGCUACGCUCGAUCUAUCAACUAUACUACUGAAGCACUGAAAUUGCUACAAAGCAUGUUCAAUGAUUUUCGUAAUGCUUUCUUUCAACUGAUUAGUGAGAAACAUUGGAGCAGCAAAUCAAAGGAGCUUGUAAUUCUAAGAAUGGCAAAACUGAGAAACCAUCUUGGGCUUACUGAUGUGGCGGUGGGUGAUUUGGGAUACCUGGACAGCCUUUAUGAAAAGUAUCUACAAGUAAACUUACAUGGAUUGGAGUUUGUGGAUAUGGAAGAUGUUUUCAACAGAAUAAACCUCAUGUACGAGUUUUCUACAUUGAACAACAUCACAGCUGCUAAAAACCACUUCAAAAGAAUCGAUAUAGUCUUUUUGCAUAUAUUGAACGGACGAAAUAUGCCCUGGGAAAACCGCUUACAAAUCUUCACGACUUUGCUACAUUUUCCAAUGUUUUUGCCAAACCUUCCCAGGUUCUACAACUAUGCAUCAAUUGGUUCUAUUAUCUCUCAUGAAAUGAUGCAUUCAUAUGAUAAUACUUCGAUUGGAUUCGAUGAGAACGGCAACCAUAAGACAGACUUAUCGAAAGAAUUUCUGAAAGAGCACUGGCUAAGAGAGGAAUGUAUGCAAAAAAUGUACGAAGAUUCUUUUGAAAAAUUAGGUUACAAGAAAAAAAAGUUGAAAAUAACUGUCAGAGAGAAUUUUGCUGACACUCAAGGAAUCAAGUUGGCUUUUAAGGCUUACCAGAAUGCGAAAAAACGGGAAGGAAAAGAAUCACGAGUUGAGGGUUUACCCGAUUUCACUGAAGACCAACUAUUCUUUUUAGCUUAUUCUCAGUUCUUUUGUUUACCCGAAGAAAAGAAGAAAACUAAAGCAUGGAUUGCUAAGGAUCAGCUUGAUACCCAUUCGCCAAAGGAGCUUCGGGUCAACACACCGCUUGCAAAUAUGGUAGAAUUCAGUGAAGCUUUUCACUGCAGUCCAAAUUCUGCAAUGAAUUCAGCAGUACGACGAUGCGAGAUAUUUCUUUAAACGACUCUAAUCGAAGGCAUUAAAAAUCUUGAUGUUUUUCUAUGAAUCUUCAUCUGACGAGCAAUAACAUUAUCAGAAAAGG